AUGGCGCACAGCGACGCUGCCUUGGCUUUGAACACCUCUCACCUGCAGCGCGCGGAGGCUGCUCUCAAAGGGAUUGAGGACUAUUUCCCAGGCCUUGCUGCUGCCGGGCCCAAGUCGGAUGGCCAGGGUUUAGCUCCCUUUGACGGUUCGAAAUUCAACGAAGUCGUUGACAAAAGUGGGCCAGUCACUGAUCUCAAGACAACUUUCAAAAAGUUUGGCCCCUGUGCUGGGAAUGUCUUGUGGGUCAACAUGCUGAGGCCUGUAGUCACAGGUGUGCCCAUCAACGUGGCCAACGUACGAAAGUUGAUUGUCGAGCAGUUUGAUAGCCCUUCUUCCGCGCUAGCAGAUCAAACAGAAAUCAAGGUGGGUGUCCUUGAGGCAGACAGGUCUGCUUUCCCGGGCGACAACUCCAGAUUGAAGUUGCUAUCGGCAGAAGAAGUCUUACACGCGCUUGUCCUUCGCAUUCAUGAGCGCAUUGAUGAGGGACCGCUUGCUGAGGUAGAACAGUGGAAGGAUGUGUUGCUCUCCUGGCUGAUGUCAUUUGAGCUGCACGCCACAGAAGAUGCAAUGUAUUGGAGAAGCAUCAAUGUGAGGGAGGCCAUUGGGACACAGUAUGACAUCUUGUACAGGUCUUCGAUUCAGCGCUGCUUCGAACUCAUCUCUUGGAAGAACGUCCAGGAGUCAAAGAGGGCGGGCGACAAGAAAACGAAGGCAGGGAGAAUGGACGCCAAGGCCUUGUUUGCAGCUUGGAACGAGCAUGUCAAAUUUGCGACGCUGGCCAGGGAUGACGGGACUGACCGGGGCAAUGACCGGGCCUUCAAGCAGUCCUUCGUAGACGCCAGCCUUACAACAUACAACCGAUUGCUCGUUUGGGAUGAUUGCCGUGGGCUAGUGUUGGACGCAGAGGACUUCAUGAGCUGUUGUGAGAGAUGGGGCAAGAACACAAUUUGGCAAUCCAUCUAUCAGCUGGAGGCCUUGGUCAAGAAAAUCGGUUCUUCCAAUGAUGCCCAAGAGAAGACCUUCUUUGUCCUGUCCGCUUGCCACCACUUCUUUUCCAUGAGCAAUAGCAGUGUGGCAGGGGUAGGAUUGCCUCACACAGCCUUCUCGACUAGGAACUUGUCAGGGAAGGGACUUAGUGGCUCGAAAGGCACAGUUGACCUGAUGUUGCUGAAGCACCAAGCUUUGAAGAAAUUCUUGGGGGCGUGGCUCGAGGAGUCCAAUCUUCCGGAUGCAGAGAAAACCCAAAUCGUGACAGCUAUGAAGUCCUUUGCUGCUUACCAUGAAUACUUCAAACCCGGAGAGCAGGAUGUCGAUUUGACUUGGAUGAGCUGUUUGCCAGAGCCGGCCCGGCAAUACAUGAAGCUGAUCGAGGCUGUAGUGUACAAGACAGACAAGGAUGGCAAGUUGAAGAGCAUUCUUCUUGCAGGCGGCACUGCUUCAGACUUUCCAGAUCGCGACGAGUUCAAGUCAGAGUUUGAGAACAUUCGAAAAGGUUGGGCAACACUUUCCGGCGAGGGGCCACAGAGCAGCCAGGAUCGAGAGCCUGCUGAUGUGGACAUGGCUGACCAUGAAAUCGAUAUGGGCACGCUGGCCCGCGAGCCGCACUUUCAUGCCUUGCCUAUCGAGGCUGAUUCUGACUUCCAGGCGAAGCAGUUCUCUGCGCAAGAGGCUUUGCAAAAGACAUUGAACUCUUUGACAGAGGAGGAGCAGGUGAUCGUGAAAAAGUUUGAGGUUGAAGCCAUGCGUCAGGUCCGCUCCAGUGUGAGCCUCAUGGUGGAAAGUGAUCAGCGCAAGGCGAUGAUCGAUGAGUUGUCUGCAUUGCUGGGUGGGUCUGUGGGUUCCAAGAACAUUAUGCUCCUUUACGACAACAAGACCGCUGGUGAACCUAUCACAAACCCACACAUCAGAAUGCCUUCUUUCCGAGCUGAUAGGUUGAAGACAGCUGUUGCUGUUGUCUUGGGGGCGCUCGAUGCUGACAUUUUGCCAAGAAACCUGGCUGUGGCUGUGACGGAUGCUGGCGCAUUGGGCAACAAGAGUGCCAUCAAUGCUUGCAUCUGCUUGGGAGAUGCCCACCUCAGCUCGAACUGUAAGACUCUCUACAUUGCCUGGUCUGAAGAAGACAUGGAGAAGAAGGCUGCAAUGAAGCGGAGGGCGCGUGUGUGUGAGAUCUUCAAGAAAGCGACGUCUGCAGGGAACGUGUUGAGCGACGUUCCCUUGCCGAACUUGCACGUUGGUUGGUGCAUGCAGCUGAGCAAGAAAAAAGACUUGUACGGAGAUAUGAGAAUGCCCGUUGGCGGGCCGUGUGAUGGAGGCACCAAUGAGAAGCUCACCAAGAAGAGAGAGGAUUCGACGACGGAGCCGGUGUCAUGGCAUCAAAUGCCAGAGGAAGUUCUCCAGGAACUCUUCUUCUCAGAAACGAGCUCCAACAUCAUCAUUGACUUCUGCCCAAUGGACGUGGCCCCAUAUCUGUGCAUGAAGAAGGGUCUGAAGUACAUCGGCUGCUGCUUUACUGAUUUUCACCGUCAGAAGCUCUACUCCCGCUUGGCCUCAUUGGUUUUUCGGGACAUGAGAGUGGAGGGCAGCAGUUGGUACCGUGCCGAGCUUGCUCAGGUGUUGAAGGUUCCAGCGCAAGGGACAGCUGUGGCAGUGCCCAAGAAGCAGCCACAGCCAAAGCCCAAGGCUGAUGCCAAGGCAAAGGUCAAGGCAGAUGAUGCUUCCCGCAAGCGCAAAGGUGAGGACAAGGAGGAUGCUGAGAAGGAAGGUGGCGAAGAAGCGGAGCCAUCGUCUAGCAAGAAGCCGAAGCAGCCCCAGACUGCAUCUGAGCGGUCAGAAGCGUUGCGGCUGAAGAUCGCUGAGCUUCGCAAGAAGGCUGACGCUGGAAAGUGA